AUGACCGAACCCAAAGGAUUUCCUCUUCUCCUCCUCCUCCGCCUCUCCUCCUCAGGGAGCAUAAUUUGCAGCAGGCUCAAGUUAGUGGACUCUCAGUUCCUCGCAGUUGAGUUUAACUCUCUACAACGCCUGGAAGAUCUAGAUAUUAUUGACCCUGUCCCAUAUCAUUUUAUGUAUCCGUCCCAUAUCUCUACUCCCAUCUCAUGUGAUAUUCACAAGUUUUGCGAAUUUCGUUUGCUAUAUCGCUCAUACAUCAUGUGGAUACCGGACGAGAGUCCUCCUCCAUAUGUGGAUUUAUAUCCCCGGGUUAAAAGACGCACCAUCUGGAAAGCGAGGAUCAAAAAUCUCCUACAAAGGCUAAGUCAAAGCAAGACGCAUAAAAGACUGGUGGAUGGAUCAGACCGACAAGGAAAUAGCAAAGGAGCCUGA